AAAACACUUAUCGUUCUUUCCCCAAACCUAAAAUACCUUCACGCCGGUGAAACAAACCCUUCAUCGUCGCUGCGAGUCAGCAAAUCGCCGGUGAUUACUUCCUCACAGUGCCGCAGAUCUCAAAUGGCGAUUUCCAAAGAUCUCUAUCCUUCUCAGGAAGAUCUUCUUUACGAAGAAGAGAUAUUGAGGAAUCCGUUUAGUUUGAAGCUAUGGUGGAGGUACCUCAUUGCGAAAGCUGAGUCGCCGUUCAAGAAACGUUUCGUUAUCUACGAGAGAGCUUUGAAAGCUCUUCCUGGGAGUUAUAAAUUGUGGUAUGCUUAUCUUAGAGAACGGCUUGAUAUCGUUAGGAAUUUACCAGUUACUCAUCCUCAGUAUGAUUCUCUCAACAAUACUUUUGAGAGAGCUUUAGUUACUAUGCAUAAGAUGCCUAGGAUUUGGGUUAUGUAUCUUCAGACUCUUACGGUUCAGAGAUUGGUUACUCGGACUAGGAGAAAUUUUGACCGUGCGCUUUGUGCUUUGCCGGUUACUCAACAUGAUAGGAUUUGGGAACCGUAUCUUGUGUUUGUGAGUCAGGAUGGGAUUCCUAUUGAGACUUCACUUAGGGUUUAUAGGAGGUAUCUUAUGUAUGAUCCUAGUCAUAUUGAGGAGUUUAUUGAGUUUCUUGUGAAGUCAGAGCGUUGGCAAGAGUCUGCUGAGAGAUUGGCUUCUGUGUUGAAUGAUGAUAAGUUUUAUUCUAUUAAAGGGAAGACGAAGCAUAAACUGUGGAUGGAGUUGUGUGAGCUUCUUGUUCACCAUGCCAAUGUUAUUUCGGGUCUUAAUGUUGAUGCUAUUAUCAGAGGUGGUAUUAGGAAGUUUACAGAUGAAGUGGGAAUGCUGUGGACUUCUCUUGCGGAUUAUUAUAUCAGGAAGAAUUUGCUGGAGAAAGCUAGGGAUAUCUAUGAGGAGGGUAUGAUGAAAGUGGUUACUGUGAGAGAUUUCAGUGUUAUAUUUGAUGUUUACUCACGAUUUGAGGAAAGUACUGUUGCGAAAAGGAUGGAGAUGAUGAGUUCAAGUGAUGAAGAAGAUGAGAAUGAAGAGAAUGGUGUAGAGGACGAUGAUGAGGAUGUCCGUCUCAAUUUUAAUCUGUCGGUUAAAGAGCUGCAGAGGAAGAUACUGAAUGGGUUUUGGUUGAAUGAUGAUAAUGAUGUUGAUCUGAGAUUGGCUCGCUUGGAAGAACUGAUGGAAAGAAGGCCUGCACUGGCAAACAGUGUGCUCCUUAGGCAAAAUCCGCACAAUGUUGAACAGUGGCAUCGCAGAGUCAAAUUAUUUGAGGGAAACGCAGCAAAGCAGAUUCUCACAUACACAGAAGCAGUGAGGACUGUGGAUCCUAUGAAAGCUGUUGGGAAGCCUCACACAUUGUGGGUUGCUUUUGCCAAGUUGUAUGAAAACCAUAAAGACCUGGUCAAUACAAGAGUGAUUUUUGACAAAGCAGUCCAGGUAAACUACAAAACCGUAGAUCAUCUAGCCAGUGUGUGGUGUGAGUGGGCUGAGAUGGAGCUGAGACACAAGAAUUUCAAAGGAGCAUUAGAGCUGAUGAGGCGUGCUACAGCUGUACCGACUGUAGAAGUCAGACGGAGAGUCGCUGCUGAUGGCAAUGAACCUGUCCAGAUGAAGCUACAUAGAGCGUUGCGGCUUUGGUCCUUUUAUGUUGAUUUAGAGGAAAGUCUGGGGACUUUAGAAUCGACAAGAGCAGUCUAUGAGAAAAUAUUGGAUUUGAGAAUAGCUACACCUCAGAUUAUAUUGAAUUAUGCUUUCCUUCUUGAGGAAAAUAAGUACUUUGAAGAUGCGUUCAAGGUGUAUGAAAGAGGUGUCAAGAUAUUCAAGUAUCCUCAUGUGAAAGACAUAUGGGUAACUUAUCUUACAAAGUUUGUGAAAAGAUACGGGAAGACAAAGCUGGAGCGGGCAAGAGAGCUGUUUGAGCAUGCUGUUUCAAUGGCUCCAUCUGAUGUUGUCAGGACCUUAUACCUUCAGUAUGCUAAGCUAGAAGAGGAUUAUGGUUUGGCCAAGCGAGCCAUGAAGGUUUAUGAGGAAGCAACCAAAAAAGUUCCAGAAGUUCAGAAGCUUGAGAUGUAUGAGAUAUACAUUUCCCGUGCAGCAGAGAUAUUUGGUGUUCCCAGAACAAGGGAGAUAUAUGAGCAAGCAAUUGAAUCUGGGCUUCCACACAAGGAUGUGAAGAUCAUGUGCAUAAAAUUUGCAGAGCUGGAGAGAAGCUUGGGAGAAAUUGAUCGUGCUCGUGCACUCUACAAGUAUGCCUCUCAGUUUGCAGACCCAAGGUCCGACCCUGAGUUCUGGAACAAGUGGCAUGAGUUCGAAGUCCAACACGGAAAUGAGGAUACCUACAGAGAAAUGCUCCGUAUCAAGCGAAGUGUUUCUGCAAGCUACAGUCAGACUCAUUUCAUUCUACCAGAGAACAUGAUGCAAAAGGACAAGAUGGUAGAUGUGGAUGAGGCAAAAGAUGAGCUGAAGAAAGCAGGCUUACAAGAAGACGAGAUGGCUGCUCUAGAGAGGCAGCUUUUGACUACAACAACUACGAACACAGAUGCAAUGAAGGAUGGUGUAAGAAGACUUGGGUUUGUAAGCGCAGGAGUCAUCUCACAGUCUGGCGAGAAUGCGGGGAAACCAGUCACAGGGAACGGAGAAGACAUCGAACUUCCCGAUGAAAGUGAUGAUGAGUCUGAUGGGGAAGACCAAGUAGAGAUCGCUCAGAAAGAAGUCCCUGCUGCUGUUUUCGGAGGACUUGCCCGAAAGAGAGACGAAGACGUCGAAGAAAAUGGUCAAGACGGUCCAGCCCAGAAACUAGGUGCUCUAGAGAGGAUGAAGAGACAGAAGCUUACUCAGUGAACACAUUAGUGUUGUGCUUGUGAUUCUGGUUCUAAACUUAAUUGUAAAAUCCAGAAACAAGAACUUAGGGAGGAACUUUGUAUUCUGUUUUGUCUUAUUUCGACACUGUCUUGAAUUUUGAUUGUGCAUUCUCAAAUAGUUUUCUGCGAAUCAUUUCCUUUCA